AUGCACCUGCUCCCAAGAGAACAGGAUAAGCUCCUCAUCACCGCAGUCGGCCAGCUCGCACAGCGCCGUCUCGCCCGAGGACUCAUUCUCAAUCGAUCAGAGGCCGUUGGGCUCAUCUCGAGCCAGAUCCAGGAGUUUAUACGGGAUGGGAACCACUCUGUUGCGGAGCUGAUGGAUCUGGGGAAGAAGAUGCUCGGGCGGCGGCAUGUCAUGGAGGGCGUACCGGAGGCUUUGCAUGAUAUGAUGGUAGAAGGGACAUUUCCUGAUGGGACUUUCCUCGUUUCCAUCCACGAUGCUAUAUGUUCAGAUGACGGAGACCUCCAGAACGCCCUAUAUGGCUCCUUCUUGCCCAUUCCGUCGAGCGACCUCUUCCCCUUACCCGAAGUCUCAAAUGCUCCCCUCGCAGGCGCCAUAGUCUGCCGGAAAGAACGCAUCAAGCUAUCGCAGGGACGAAAGCGAUGGAUGGUAGAAGUCAAGAAUGAGGGCGAUCGACCUAUCCAAGUCGGCUCGCACUAUCCCUUCCUCGAAACUAACCCUUCGCUCAUAUUUGACCGCCUGCUGUCUUACGGUACCCACCUGGACAUCCCCGCAGGUACUGCAGUCCGCUUCGAGCCCGGAGAGCGGAAGACCGUUUCGCUGGUCGAAGUUGGCGGGGACAAGGUGCUAGCGGGCGGGUCCAGUCUGGGAGCUGGGAAGUUUGACGAGUCGAAGCGAGGGACCGAGAUCCUGGAGUUGGUGCAGAAGAGGGGAUUCGCGCAUCGGGAGCAGGAGAAGGUGGUACAGGGGCCAGUACCAGAGAUGGACCGGGAGGUGUAUGCCUCAAUGUUCGGUCCUACAGUAGGCGAUAGAGUCAAGUUGGCGGAUAUGAACCUCUGGGUUGAGGUAGAGAAGGACUACACGUAUUAUGGGGAUGAGUGCAAGUUCGGUGGUGGAAAGACACUACGAGAUGGUAUGGGACAGGCAUCGAACCGACACGAUAACGAAGUGCUGGAUUUGUGCAUCACCAAUGCACUCGUCAUCGACUGGAGCGGGAUCUACAAGGCCGACAUUGGGGUCAAGGACGGCAAGAUCGUGGGCAUAGGAAAGGCUGGGAACCCAGAUAUGAUGGAUGGCGUCACCGACAACAUGGUCUUUGGGUCCGCUACUGAGGUCAUCGCUGGUGAGAAGCUCAUCUUGACCGCUGGAGCCUUGGACGUUCAUGUCCACUUCAUCUGCCCUCAGCUCUGGCAAGAGGCGCUCUCAUCCGGUAUCACUACGAUCGUCGGUGGCGGAACUGGUCCGGCCUCUGGCUCCACUGCCACUACUUGCACCUCCUCCAAAUUCUACAUGGAGGCUAUGUUCGCCGCUACCGACGGCAUACCGCUGAAUUUCGGGUUUACCGGCAAGGGGAAUGACAGUGGUCCGAAUGGAAUGAGGGAUAUUGUCGAGGCGGGGGCGAUGGGAUUGAAGAUCCAUGAAGACUGGGGAGCGUCGCCGGCUGCUAUUGAUGCGGGCUUGAAAGUGGCGGACGAGUACGAUGUCCAGCUCAAUAUCCAUACUGAUACCCUCAACGAGAGUGGGUAUAUCGAGAGCACGCUAGCAGCGAUCGAUGGCCGUACGAUCCACACGUACCACACCGAAGGCGCCGGCGGGGGUCAUGCACCCGACAUCAUCGUUGUGGUGGAGCACCCGAACGUUCUUCCUUCGUCCACCAACCCAACUCGGCCAUAUACAGUCAACACCCUUGACGAGCAUCUCGACAUGCUGAUGGUCUGCCACCACCUCGACAAGUCCAUUCCGGAAGAUAUCGCAUUCGCCGACUCGCGUAUCCGCGCCGAGACGGUCGCAGCUGAGGACGUAUUGCAAGAUACCGGCGCGAUCUCGAUGAUCUCUUCGGACGCACAAGCGAUGGGGCGGAUUGGCGAGGUAAUUAGUCGGACAUGGCGUACUGCUGCCAAGAUGAGGGAUGUGCGCGGCGUUCUGGAGGGGGACGAGGAAGGGAGGGAUAAUGAGCGCGUGAAGCGAUAUAUCGCAAAGUAUACCAUCAACCCGGCGAUCUGUCAUGGGAUGUCUCAUCUUGUUGGACAGGUCAAAGUGGGGUGCCUGGCGGAUCUGGUGUUAUGGAAUCCGGCAAGCUUUGGAGCGAGACCGGAGAUGGUCAUCAAAGGCGGAGUGAUUGCUUGGGCACACAUCGGUGAUGCGAACGCCUCGAUACCGACGGUCCAGCCGCUCAUUGGGCGCAAGAUGUGGGCGUGCGAACCGGCCACUGCGGCUCUGACAUCGGUGCUCUGGGUCAGCCAGGUGUCCAUCGAUAAUGGGACGAUCGCGGAGUAUGGCCUGAAGAAGCGAGCCGAGGCGGUCAAGAAGUGCCGAGAUAUCGGAAAGAAGGAUAUGAAGCUGAACGACGCGAUGCCAAAGAUGCAAGUCGACCCGGAGACGUACGUUGUCAUGGCGGAUGGAGUGCUAUGUGAUGCGCCGCCAGCUACGACAUUGCCAUUGACGAAGAAGCACUUCAUCUAUUGA